UGCUCGACCUCAAUUCAGCAUUAAAAUGGCGGACGAAACAGAUAUUGUUCAACCCAGCCAAAAAAAGAAGGGGGUUGGGGCUGCUUUGGCAGACUGCGGAUCCUUUAUUUGGAACAAGGACAAGAGCGAGUUUUUAGGCAGGACUGGAGCAAGUUGGGCUAAAAUUGGUUUCUUCUAUCUGGUGUUCUAUGCUGCUCUGAGUGGUUUCUUUGCCUGUAUGCUAGCAGUAUUCUUCGCCACAGUCGAUGAUAACCAUCCAAAAUAUGCUGGAUAUGACAGCUUGUUGAAGGACAACCCAGGCAUUGGGUUCCAGCCCAUGCCCAACCACGAGAGCACACUGAUACGAUUCUACUCCGGCAAGAAGGGAAGCUACAAGAUAUACACGGACUAUUUACAAGCCUUUCUACUGCAGUAUGAAAAUGAAUUCCAAAGACCCGGCGACACCUCAAACAUCGUCACCUGUAACAAGCAAUCUGGAGGGAAAAUAGGUGAUCAGAAAAACUCGGUCUGCAAGUUUGAACUGCUGGCACUCGAUCCCUGCAUUGCGAAACAGGAGUUUGGUUAUGACAAAGGCGAGCCCUGCGUGUUACUCAAGAUGAACAGGGUCUAUGGUUGGAAACCAUCCGUCAGCAAGAGCACCAACAACUCUGACAUCCAGGUUGAAUGCCAUGGUCAGAACCCAGCCGAUAUUGACAACAUUGGAACGCUGGAUUACUACCCCAAUGAUGGGAAAUUUGGCAUAUUUUACUCCUACUAUUUUCCGUUCCUGUCACAGCAGAACUACCAAUCCCCGCUCGUCAUGGUGAAAUUCAAAAAUCCCAGUCCGGGUAUACUGAUCAUGGUCGAAUGCAAACUGCAUAACGAUAACAUUAGAUACAAUCGAGCAUUACGACAAGGAGCAGUCAAAUUCGAAUUGAUUGUUGAUUAAUGUAAAUACUUUGGUGCCUGGUUGCAAACUACCGACAGGUAUUUCAAACUUGUGAGUUUCGUCGUAACCUGAACAGAUGCGUAGUUGGAAGCGUGAACUUCAGAGCUCUCUCUGAUUAGGUUCACAGCAGACGGCACUCUGGCAUUUUGAAACCUGGCACCUUGUAUUUCCCUUGGACAAUUUUAAAAGCGGUCUUAGCAAUUGCAUCAGUUAUUUCCACAUUUGGUAUGGACCAGUGAGAGCUUGCAGAAAAUUCUGCUUUGGUCGAGUGAUAGAAAGGUUAUAGCGUGUUGAAAAGCCUUUUCCUGACUGAAAUAUAUUCUUAUCAUCAAGUAAUGGCCAGUGAAAGAACUAUUGACUUGAGUCGUUUAUGAGAUUGUGGGGUCCAUUUGUGUGGAUCCGCUAAAGGCUCACCACUAACGAGCCUAUUGAAAAGUAACUGGUUCGUCUAACAUGUGUUAUCUUCAAACUUUCUCCCAAAGUGUGAUAGAGUAGAAUUUUUGGAUAAAGCACGAAAACUAGAUUCUGAAAUUAGAAAUUCACUUCAUUAGUAUGACUGGCUGUUAAUGGGAGAGAAAUGUACAAAUUGUUAAUUGAAAUGUAUCUCUGUGCGUGGUCAAGGUUUGGUUGUCUGAUGUCAUGAAAUGGUAUCUCAGUUUAUGUCAAGAAAUGACGGGAGUUCUUUUGCAAGAGGUACAUGUCACUCAACCUGGUGUACAUGCGGAAUGACGUGACGUCACAGGGCGUAAGCGACGUCUUUGAUGACGUUGUGACGUAAAUCCUGCUGGAAACGAUCUAUACUUUCUGGAUGACUGAAUUGAGCAUUGAAUUUUUUAAAAACCAUACAAAAAUAAUCGGAUGCUGACUUGCUGACUUAUGAACAGGGAUUGUUCGUUGUAUCAAUAACUGUAAAAUAAUGAAACCGUGUUAUUAAGAGUUAUGCUGAGUGUGUAUUAUAGGCUUUCACUGAAUGUAAAGAAUUUCUUCAUCGUAAGUUUAUGUGGAUUGCGUGUUAGGUUAAGAAAACUCUCAUUUAUUACUAAGUUGGUCUAAAACUGUGGUGAAAUUGACUUUGUAUGAAUGUAAUCUUUUCAGUUGUGCACAUUCCCCUUUGAUUCAACAUACUUUUUCUUGUAUUACUUAGAUUUAGAAUGUGUCUGACUCUGCGUUUCGUCAAUUUGGCUGUAAUUUCUUGUACAUUUCGUGUCAGAAACUUGACAUUUGUACAGAAGUUUCGGUCAUCUUGAACGAAAUUGACCUUGGCGGUCACCAGAUGCCAGUUACGAUAUGUAAAAUAGACCCUGUAACAUAUUUCUUACCGUUAUCGAAUCGUAAAUUGUAAAAAAAUCACCAGAGAAUGUAUGCUAGAACUCGGAUUGGUAGGACUGUGGUGCUGGUUUUAUCCAGGGAUGUACAGGAGUGGUAACUGCUUAAAAUUCCAACCCAAGGUAUUGGAAUGUGUGGUGGGACAGUGGACAGCGUCGCACUUGGCUAACUCACUGGCCCCUGGAGCAAAAUCUACCCUCAGUCCUACGAUCCUUUUAUCGACACAUUUUAGGUGUUAACUUCUUCACCAUGUAUCUCUCUCGCUAUAUGUAACCCCGCUGCUUUCUUCAUGUAUCUUUGUGUUAAUACUUCAUAUUUGUACCACGCUAACUACAUUUAUGCAUAGAAAUGAUCGAAAACAACUUGUCAUGAUAUUCCCUUGGCGCUAGGCAAAGGGAGUAGUUUCAUAAUGGUGACUGAUAUUUGCUGUAUUUCCACCAGAGUUCUCCAGAAAAUUGCCCAGUUUGCCGCAUGGUAAUUUCUGAUGAUUUCUGAAACCGCUGCAAAAUUUCAGGUUUGAGAAAAUGCCUCUGGACUUGCACUGCAUUUGUCAGUAGCCAUGACGUUACUAUUUUAGUUCACAAUAUUCAUUUUAUCCUUUGAUUUUCAACCUGUGCCUGUUCCAUUUGCGCCAUUCUGGAACUGAACAUGUGAACCAAAGAAAAGGCCAAUGUUAUCCGGGCAAAAAUUCUUCGUUUCUGGCACAGAUUCUAGUAUAAUUGAAUCAAAUUCUGCUGAAAUAUCACAUGUGGAUGAAUUUUAGACAUUGCUUGGUGUAAUUUUCAUGAUCUCAUUGGAAUAAUUUAUUUAAUCUGUGUUAUAUACUUGCAUCCACCAUCCCUCGUGUGCAUGGCCACUGUAGUGCACCUGUAUGCUGAUGUAGACUGUCAUGACAAUGAGACAUCAUCAUCAGUUUAACACUGUGGUGCACCUAGGAGCAAACCACCCUACAACACUUUUAAACAAGGUCAGAAGUGUAUCAACCUUGAUCAGAAAUGCAUGAUAAUCCAUUGUGAAGUGUAUCUGAAAGGUGCAGUCACAUCAUGUUCAUGAGUUCACCGUAGGAAACUGAAUGUAUACCGUCAACUUUCCAUUUGUAGAUUACUGUAAACUCCUUUAUUGUUGCGAGCAUAUUUGCAAACAGUAAGAGCCGUAAAAGUAGAGAGAUUUACAGUAUUGUGGACUGUUUCAAGGGAAUCAUAUGCUAUAGGAUCAAUGUUAAUGAGACCAAAUAGUUUAUUGUAGUUUCUUUUAUGAACACUCCUACAUUUUGUUUCAUGCUGAGAAUUUGUGAUUACUCUGGUUUUGCCACCUGCUGGCUCAUAUGUCUUAAAAUACUCCGACUCAGCAUCGACCAGAAAUUGUCAAAAACCAUACCAAAAAUUAUUGACUUUGCAUUAUUUAUAGAAAAUGGUCCAAGCUCCAUCAUUUAUGAGAUAUUUUGCGGCCUGAGAAGGCCAGUUGGGUUGGUUUGUGAUUAAUGGAAGUCCACCUCUGGCCUCAAAAUAUCUUCUUCAAUAAGUCUAUACCUCUUGGAGAAGAUAUCAAAAGUAAACAUUAGCUAUUAAAAAAUAGUUACAUAAACUGUACAUUUAAAAUCUUAAGAACAGACUUUGGAGCAGAUUGUUUUUCAGCAUGAAAAUCUUUGUUUUGAAAAUGUUCGAUCCGUUACAGGACUUGGGGACCCUUGUGAUUUGUUUGUUAGUCCAAGUUUUAAUUCUUAUUGAGGGAUUUACAUCCAUCUUUUGAGUAAUUAGUAGAUAAUGGGUGAAUAAAAUGCAGUUGUGUAAAUUGUAA